UUUAUUUGACCGGGGCAUCAUUGGGAAUAUUUGUUGUGGGGUUAGGUUGGAGUGCAAAGGAGGAUUCCGCAAAGGCAAGGCUUGUCGGAGAUAUCCGUGCAGCUGUGCCUCCGUGUGUCCCGGAAAACUAGAGGAGGAGACCGGUCCAUACUGAGUUCCCAUCUUCAGAGGAUCCUCUGAGGAUCCGCAGCUUGCAGCUUGCGUGAGCCAAGGCUUGGCGCAGAAUGGCUAGAGAGCCACAGGCGAGCGCAGCCCUAAUCGCUCCAUCGGCAGAAGAGGGGGGUGGGCUUCUGGUGGUGAACGUGGAACAGGAAGAGGUCUCCUCCUUGGCAGAGGAGGCCAGUUGGCUGAGCUUCCCUGCAUCCGACCGCUCCCGCCAGCGCUUCCGCGCUUUCCGCUACCCAGAGGCUGCUGGACCCCGGCAGGCGCUGAGCCGGCUCCGAGAGCUCUGCAGACAGUGGCUGCGGCCAGAUAUGCACAGCAAAGAGCAGAUUCUGGAGCUGCUGGUGCUGGAGCAGUUCCUGACCAUCCUGCCAGGGGAGCUGCAGGCCUGGGUGCGCGAGCAGCACCCCGACAGCGGGGAGGAGGUGGUGGCGCUGUUGGAGUACUUGGAGAGGCAGCUGGACGAGACGCCUCCACAGGUCCCAAAUGGUGAAUGGAGUCGAGAACGUCUCUGCUGCAAGGGGGCAUUGUUGAAGCCAUCCCAGAACUCACAAAGUAGCCACUCCCAGCCAAGGAAGAGUCCGCUCAAGCAUUCGUCUCAGGAAUCUUCAGAGUGUUCACCCUUACAAGCAAGAGGUGUGGAAAUGAAGACGGAAACCAGGGGCUUGCCUCCGGUUGAGGAGUACACAGAACAAAAGCCCGAGCAGCCAGUGAGUGUCCAGUCUGGAGACACUGUUCAGAUUCCUGCAGGUGCAGAAGCCAGUGAGCAGGAAGGCAAGUUACAGGCAACACAGACGAACGCCGCAAGGAACAGGCGGCACUAUUGCCAUGAAUGUGGGAAGAGUUUUGCUCAAAGUUCAGGCCUGACCAAACACAAGAGAAUCCACACUGGAGAGAAGCCCUACGAGUGCGAAGACUGUGGGAAGACCUUCAUUGGGAGCUCCGCCCUUGUCAUUCAUCAGCGGGUUCACACUGGUGAGAAGCCAUAUGAGUGUGAAGAAUGUGGCAAAGUCUUCAGUCACAGCUCAAACCUCAUCAAGCACCAGCGAACCCACACCGGGGAAAAGCCCUACGAGUGUGAUGACUGUGGGAAGACCUUCACCCAGAGCUGCAGUCUCCUUGAGCAUCACAAAAUUCACACCGGGGAGAAGCCGUUCCAGUGCAACUUGUGUGGCAAAGCCUUUAGGCGUAGCUCACAUCUCCUGAGACACCAGAGGAUCCACGGGGAUAAAACUGCUCCCAGGUCUUUGCCUGGAGAGGUUUGGAGAGGUCAGAGUAAGGUGGAGAGCCAGCGGGAUGGUACUGAAACUCCCGUGAUUCACCAGUGCAAUGAGUGUGAGAGAAGCUUCAUUCAGAAUCGAAGUCUUAUCGAACAUAAAAAAAUCCACACUGGCGAGAAGCCCUACCAGUGUAACACAUGUGGAAAAGGCUUUACCCGAACUUCAUACCUUGUUCAACAUCAGAGAAGUCACGUGGGGAAAAAGAUUGCAUCACAGUGACCUGUACCACCAUCCCUGCCAGAUGGUACUCACUUGUCAGUGAGCUGAAGGCAUCUGGAGCCCUUGCGGACUGCAGAAGAAAGGAUGUUGCCCAUACACACCAGCUAGUGUUAGAUGUUAUAAUCUGGCUGAGGUGAAUUAUCUUUUCUGUUCUAAAAGUAACUAGAAUAAGACCCGCUAAUAAGGAGACAUGGGAGCGUUCUCUGGAUGAGGGGGCACUGGAGUCUCUUGUUCCCAAUCUGUGGAUCUACAAGGUCUUCCAGAACAGUCACCCUUAGCUAGCACAUUUUUCUCCUGGAUGGAUGGUUCCAGAUUUGGGGGACAGACUCUUUGUACCAGUUGCUUGUCAACAUGACUCUUUGAUGUUUUGGUCAGAAUUCUGAGGUCCUGGCCCUCCUGUUGUGCCUUGUGUUAGUGAACAUUUACUACAGGGACUGAUGACAUGACCGUCAAAUCUCUGAAAAUCUAUGUCUAGAUUUCUGAAGAAACUCUCAUGGGACGUUUGUGUUUGCUAAGGUUCCAGACUCUGAAUCGGUCCUACAGUUUUCAUGCUAAGUACAUAAUGUUACAGAAUUUGACUUGGUGAUGCCAUAUAUCUUCAUGGGGAUAAAGAGUAUAGUAAGAAUGCUUCCAACAUCUUCUGAAGGCACAGGGAGACUUCCCUGUUUGUAAAACUCCAUCAGUGCACACUCAUGAAACAUUUUGUUUUUCACUCUUUACAGUGAACAUUUUCAGUCAGGCAAUUAAUAGCAAUCCUAUCUUCAUAGGGCAAAAUAGUUAGAAUUUCCAUUGCUGUGAAAGACACCAUGACAGAAAGCAACCUGGGGUGGGUGGCUGGGAGUUUAUUUCAACUUAGAAUCAUUCGUUACACUCCAUCACUGAAGGAAGUCAGGGCUGGCACACUGAAGUAGAGGCCAUGGAAGAAUGCUGCCUGCUGGCUUGCUCCUAAUGGCAUUCCUGUCCUGCUGCAUCUUAGUACCCAGGACCACCAGCCCUGUGGUGGCACCACCCACAGUGAGCUGGGCCUCUGACAGCAAUCAUCAUUCAAGAAAAUCCCCCCCUAGGCUUGCACUACAGGCCAGACUGGUGGCAGCAUUUUCUAGGUUGAGGUGCCUUUUGCCCAAUGACUAUUUUGUGUUGAGCUGACAUAAGGCUAGCCAGCACUAUGAAUGAGGAUACAGUUGAUGUCAUCUUCCGUACUGCUCAAUGUGUGUUACUUUUCUCAGGGCUGUGAGAAAAAAAACCUGAGAAAAACAAUUUAAGGAGGAAAUGCCUUGUCUGGGUUCAUGGUUUGAGUGGAUACAAUAUGGUGAAGUGGGCACGAUGGCAGAAACGUGAGACAGCUGGUCGCACUCUGCCUGAAGACAGGAAGCAGAGGUCAAUACCGAUGAUCUGCUGUCUUCCACUUUCCCCUUUUAAUUCAUUUCUGGACCUCGGGCCUUGGGAUGGUGCUGCCCACAUUCAGGCUGGGUCUUCUCUCCUGGAUGAAAGCUCUCUGGAUUCCCUCUCACAGACUUGCCUGAACUGUGUCUCCUGGGGGAUUUAAAAUCCAGUCAAGUUAACAAUGAGAAUAGACGAUCACACUCAACAUCUUGUUUCUCACUUUUUCCAUACCUUGAGCCUAGCCAAUUCUAGCACACAUUGAUUAUCCUCUUUGUAUCAAACUCACUCAAGACUGUGCCAGCUAAUCAAACUUCCUCCGGGUCAGAAGCUUCACAUCAAAUAGUCAUCAUUUUUAUUUAUGCCUUCAAAACUGCCCUAUGGGUUGAAAGUAGAAGAACAGUAAGUGAUGGGUGAGGUGUAUUAACCCCAGUGGAGAAAAACAUGUCUACUAGGAAGCAGGUUGAGAAUCUUGGAUGGAAAGUGCUCACAGGCAAACCUAGGCAGUCAGGGCUCAGUGCAGCGAGUUGAUCAUAAGAAGUAAGAUUUUUUUUAAAUGAUAACUCAAAUAGUUCAGUCCAAUCAUCUGUGGUUUUCUUUUUAUACCUCAGAAGAUGGUGUUAGUCAUUUGUGAAAUGACAUCAGACUUCAGUAAAUUAUCAGCAUGCUGUUCUUGUUUGCUCAAAAACAGUACCUGUUUUUGAUUUCCUGCUUUGAAGUCUCUGGCUUCAAAACUUAAAGACUCUCCCUUUAAUAAUUCCCUAUAAUCCUUCAUUGCCUUCAUUUCUGGCUUAUUAAAAUUAACUUAGCCUUCCAAACUUUUUUAGACUUAUCCCUGGGAUCUUCUAGCAUUUAAUUUUUUUCUUACUUAUACUAUCUUCAUGAAGCUACUAGGCAAUUUCUCUUCUCCUUUAAUAUUUUUCCAGGUCCACCUGUUUAAAGCCAAGCUGAGACAUGAUAUAAAAGUCAAGCAGAUUUAAAAUAAGUUACAUGACAAUAAAUACUUUAAAAAAUAUAUGCUUAUAACCCUGAAACUUCAACAUUCUUUAUGGGCUUCUUGGCUUACUUUUCUUUGGUCUUUAAUUUGCUUGGCUAUUGCUUGAAUACUUGUGAAGGACUUUUACAAAUCAGGAAACUUGGGGCAAUGUGACUUCCAUUAACAAAGAAGCCUUUUGCUUCUUUGAGGCAUUUGACCCCAAAGCCUUUCUGCCAAAGAGGGAAAUAUAGAAAAGUGUUUUUAGAGCCUACUAUUCCAGACACUGGGAUGGACUUAUAAAGCACGAAAAAAAAUGCUACUUUGCAUGUUUUACUAAAUAAUUUUUAGGAAUUUUGUGGUGACUGGUUGACUCUUCCAACUGAAGUGAGACAACCUCUCUAUUUUCUUCUGUUCAUUUCUUUCUCUAUUUAUUUAUUUAUUUAUUCAUUCAUUUAUUUAUUAUCUGUUUGUCUGUCUGUUUGUUUAUUUAUUUAGAAUCUGGUCCUUUCGUGUGGCCCUGGCUAGGCAGGAACUCACUAUGUAGACCAGACUGGCAUUGAACUUACCGAGAUCUGAGUACUUGGAUUAAAUGAAUGUACUUCAAUGCCUGAAUGUGUAGCAAACUUUCUUGUUGAACUAUCUUUGGAUGGCCAGCUCCCAAACAACAACGUGGAGACUUAUUAUUAAUUAUAAAAGCUUGGCCUUUAUCUUAGGCUUGUUUCUAACUAGCUCUUGUAUCAACCUAUAUUUUUUUAUAUACAGUCUGCCGUGUAGGACAUUUACCUCUCCUUGGUAUGGUCUGAUGUGGUCCCAGUCUGCAGGCAAAAUCUAUGCACCUGGAUUUUUCCUCCUUUUCCCUCUUCCUGGAAAUCCUGCCUAUCCUCUCCUGCCUAUCUAUUGGCCACUCAGCUCCUUAAGAAAAUCAAUGAGAAGGUGCCUUGGCAAAGUCAUAUCUUCACAGUGUACAAAAAGAUUAUCCCACAACAUGAACUAACUUAUCCAUUUUCCUGUCUCCUAUUUGAGUAAGAAAUUGGUUAUGGUACUUUUCCUUACUCAGAUAGAAUGGUAAAUUUUUUCAGUGAGUGGCCCUUCUAAAUUUCUUCUUUUUCUCAUUUAAAAUUAUUUUCUAGGGCUGGGAUUUAGCCAAGGAACAUAAGUAUCUGAAGUGUUCUACCACUGAGCUGUCCUUAUGCCUCUUUUUGCUUUUUAUUUUGAGGUUGGACCAUACUUCUUACCAAGUUGGCCAGGCAGGCCUUGAAUUGGCUCCUAUAGCCCACACUCAGGUUGGCCUUGAACUAUUGAUCCACCUUCCUCAACCUUUGGAAUUGUAGCUUGAAUUGUAGAUUGAAUUGAUAUCACCAGGCCCAGCUAGAUUUCUUCUUUAUCUUGGCAAGGAAUGGGUAUUACUAUAAAAGGUUUUCUCUGCCUCUUCCUUUACUGGAAAAUAGAAAUAGGGUUUAUAACUUACCUCUUAAGAUUGUGAGCAUAUGCUUAUAUGAGCAAGAAGUGUUAUGUGGAUACUCUGGAAAUGCAUACUGGAGAUUAAACAUUUUGUUAUCUAAAUCCUCAACGAGAAGUUUGUUAAUUGUAAAGAUUGUGCUUAUAGGUUUCUUACAGCUUUAGGAUGCUGUUGCUCUCCUUCAAUCCAAUCUGUGCCAUCAUCUUCCUAAAGAUCAAUAAGGACCUCAUCCACCAAGAAACUUAGGCAACUACUUUGUCUUUUAAUUCAUCUUUGUUUUUCUCAUGAUAGUCAAAAGCAAAUUUAACAGAUUCAUCUGAGCAAAGGUUUUUUCAGUCAGUUUUAUGUCCUGUCUGCACAUUUCAAUAAUUUCUAUCACAGAAACUUGUUCCAGAUUAUUUUUGUGAGUUUUAUGUGUCUGUGAUAGAAUACUCUGACUAAAGCAGCUCAUGGAAGAAAGGGUUUGUUUGGCUUUCAAUUCCAGGCUACAGCCUGUCAUUGUGGAGAGCUCAGGGUGGCGGGGACUUGAAGCAGCUCGUCAUAUCACAUCCACAGUCAGGAGCAGAGAGCAAAGAACCAGUGCAUGCCUUCUAGUUCUCAGCUAGAGUUCUCCACUCUUAGACUUCAGAAUUCCCUUCCUAGGGGAUAGUGCCACCCACAAAGGGUGAGUCUUCACACCAUGAUUAACACAACCCAGAUUAUCCCUUGUAGAGAAGCCACAGGCCAACCUAGUCUAGAUAAUCCCUCCUUGAGUCUCCUGGAUUUUAGUAUCAAGUUGAUUAAUAAAACUAAGUGGCUCACUGACCAUAGGAAGAUUUUUUUUUUUCAGCCAGGCAGUGGUUGGCUCACACCUUUAAUCCCAGCACUCUGGAGGAAGAGGCAGGCAGAUCUCUGUGAGUUCGAGGUCAGCCUGGUCUACAAGCAAAUUCCAGGACAGGCUCCAAAACUACAGAGAAACCCUGUCUUGAAAAACAAAAUACAACAAAAACAUACAAACAAACAAACAAACAAAAAACCAAAAAGAUGCUUUUGCAUUUGUAUCUACUCAUACUUUUUGUGUGGUUUCUGGGGUUAGUUAUUACUCCUUGUUUAGAACACCAGUCAAUCCAAUAUGCUGGAGUCUGAGUGCAGCAAGUUUCUGUCUUCUUUCUCGAUUAAGAGUUAAACACAGAAAAGUCAGGUGUGGUAUUACAGAACUGUAUUCUCAGUGCUUCU